UGUCACAAACACUUCUUGUCGUCAGACGUUCUGUGGCUCCCCGACCUUGUUGCCAGGCAACCAACUUCAAUUAAUAUGCAGGGUGGAAACAGCAGGGAAUGCCUUGGCUCCUAGAGCGGGACAGCAGCGUUUUAUGACUAACUAACAAAAUGUGUUCAUUCAAUGUGGCAUCCUAGAGACAUUUAACACUUUGCUACUGAACUGAUGCCAGCAUGAACAGUCGGAAAGUAUGCCAACAAAGGAACAGUCCCAUGCCAGUUGGUGUACCAGUUGUUUUUUCUGCUUCAGCCAAGAAUAUUGUCAAUUAGAAACUCUUCAUAUUGUUCAACAUUUUUUUUUUUUUUUAAGGAGCUGCGCUUCAGAAUAAAGUAUUGAUGCUUGGAUCUGAGGAACACACAGCUCUAAUGCUGAUGGGGGUUGGCAUGAUUUCUAUGUUCUGCUAGACUCUAAACAAAAAACACUAGAACUAUAGGUAGGAUCGAUGAUCUGGGCAUUUGACACCUCGUUCUCUUUUCUCUUCACCAUCUUAAAAGAUUUAAACCUAACAUCCCUUGAAAUGCUCCUCUGAGAAUGAAGAACUUUGAAGAGGAAUAGUACAUGGUGUUUCCAUGUUGAAACUGAAGGAAAUUCAAUUCCAAGCGGGAGCCCUUUAACACAGUCAGAUUCUGACAGCUUUGGAGCUCUCAAGCCUUCAGAGUUUGAGCCUUUUCUGAAGAAUAAGCGGUGCAGUGUUUUUAGUUAGUUUUCUAGGAUGUUUGAGUAACACGGAAAAUCUAUCUCAGACAGCAUGUGCAGUGCUAUUUCUCUCCUGAUGCAGUGCAUGGUUUCCUGCGCACCCCACUCCCCCUCUCCUCCACCUACAACUCUGGGGCCUCAUCACAAUGAGCUCAGUCUGACUCAGUCUCCCACAAGAACUGCAGCUCCUAGUCAGUAAGACUGAGAAGGAAGCCGCAGAACGUUUCUGUGAAAAUGGUAAACACUGUUGGCAAUGAUGAAGAAAAAGGCAUUCAAGAGAAGGAAAGCAAGGAAGAAUCCAUACUGGCAAUGCUUGGCAUUAUUGGGACCGUCCUCAAUUUAUUCGUCAUCAUUUUUGUGUACAUAUAUACAACAUUAUGAGCCACUAAAUGUGCUAAGAAGAGGACUAAUUCAACAAUGAGCACUAGCAGUUGCAGCUAUUCACAUUCUGCUACAUUAAAUGAACUGGGACCUGUUUAAUUGCAGCAUAAAACGUUGCCUGCAGGCGCAGAAGAGAGUAACACAAUGAAGCCUCAAAGAUACAACACACUUUUAGUUUAAUGUUUUCCUGCAAAUAUGCAUGAGUAAAGGUUCACCACACCUUUCAGAUGGAAAAGCAUGUACCAGCUUUUCAGUCAGCUUUUUUUGUAAUAUGAUUAUGUGCAUCAUUUGUAUACCAAUAAUAAAAUGGUAGAUGAGAUGAAUGGGCUUUGGCUAGGAACAGCAGAAUCACCCACUGCGGUCUCCACUGUGGACUCAAAGGCACCUGACAAGCUCUUAAACAGGCUGAAUGGAUUAUCAUCGAAUUAAGGUGAAAAAAAAGGUUACACAAUUUAUAUGAGCAUAUAAUGUUUUUUGUUGUUGUUGUUGGUUUUUUUAAGGAAAAUUCUGUGAAUAUUCUGUAAAAGGUUUGUUUAUAAUGAAAUGAUUUUGAUAUUUUAAAUAAAUAAUUACAACAUGCAAGUAAAAUGGAAUAUAGUAUAGGCUACACUGUACAGUGGUAAGAAUUACUAAACACACGGAUGCAAUAAGUCAAGUGCAAGCGUUGGAAAUAAAAUAAGAAACACGGCUCUCCCAGGUGCAGGUCACGAUGGGUUAGAGCAGAUCUAACAGAUUUGAUAGAUGACAGCGUUGCCGCUUGGUUGGCUGGUCCUUCAACAUACAAGACUGCACAAAUGAUUAAUACAGACUUUGCAUUGUGUAGAUGUAUGAAUUCAGAAUCCACAAGGUCACCUACUGUAUCACAACAAUCUUGAGGAUAAACUAUCUACUUCUUUUACACCUGCUUUAAAAAAAAAGAUUCUGGUGCGCAUAAACGGGAUCUUUAGUUACUCUUUUGGGUUUUUUUAUAUUAAUUUUAAUAAUACAGUGUAAUAUACUGCCUAAUCUUAAAUAUCGAACUCACAAUUAUCCAGCACACAUUUGAAUCAUCAUGUCAACGUUAAAAAGAAAAUGCUAGUCUGUGAUAUGAACUAGUAAUACAUUAAUACAUCAUUCAAUAUGGUGUUCUGUUUAGGUUAAAAAAUAAAAUCACAGUCAAUUGCAUAUGGAUGCUCGAUUAUGGAGAGACUUGGCCCCGAGAAAAUUCUCUGAUGGAAACUAACGAGACUAAUUUCAAAUCACUUUUAACUCAAUCUCAGUGGCAGAUGGAAACAAAGCAUUUGAAGGUUGUCACCAAGUAUGGCCUCAUUAUAAUGUCAUUGAAAUAGACAUUUUUGGGGAUUUAUAAUUCCUAAUUUGUAACUCACUGCAGUCUAAUGGUAUGAUGGCAAAUGCUUAGACAGACAUUUAAGGUUGUGAUAAAUCAUAUUCAAAUCAAUAUUGUCAUACUUCUAACUAGGUAGCAAUUAUUAGUUGCCAGAAGGUGUUAGCCUGGUCUAACCUUUGACAUUAGUGUUUGAAAUAAUGUAAUACAUCUGUAAAAUUAACAAUGUACAGUAUUUGGAAAUGACUGUGAAUAUCACAAAUAAAUAGCACACUUCUUUGACAUUAUGUGACAAUCACAGUCUCUCGAAAACAAAGCCAUUUGAAAAGCAGCAUGACAAAAGCAUAUAUAAUAAGAAGAACAAAGCAAUGAAAACUACGACUAAAAGUAUUUGCCUUGCUUCAUGUCUUUCGUGUAUGUGUCCAAACAAUUUUGCAUCCAAAUGAGAGACUUCAGGGGUUUGUAUCUAGCUGAAAUAAUCCUGUUAAAAAAAAGAAGCUUAGCUGCUCAUUUUAGAAAUGUAUUAGAUUAGGCAAUGGGCCAGGAAAAACAAUGUUGUUUGAAGAGCACAACUGCUUAAAUUCCAAACAGACUAACAGCCAAUGCUAAGCUAUUGUUGCACCUUGAUAAGGUCCAAAAUGUAUGUCUACAGCUUGCCACGUGUUCUCUGAAUUAGAAACUGUAGAAAUAUGAAUAUGUUGCUAAUAUUUUGUUAAAACACCUAAAAAGCCACAGGAAGGCUUUUUGUAAAACCUCCUGAUUGUUCUGUAACUGUAAAGUACAUUUGAUUAUUUACCGUGAUAGAAAAAGUGAA